ACCUACAACGUAACUUGAAGCAUCUUUCCCUGCGGUCGAUUCCAAAGUACUGGUACGGUACAGUACAAGGAGUGCGCUUGUUGCUCACUCCCUAACCAUUCGUGAUUGACUACUACGUGCCUCACACCAAAACCGCAAGCCCGCUUGGUUUGUGUACCGUAUCGUUGCUGUGUCCAUCAAUCCAAAGAAGACGGCACCGGCAGCCGAACCUGUUCCACCAUGGGCGGCAGCAGCAGUUGCCGUUCCACCCCUCCCGGAGGGAGCCACCAGCAACGGCCACGGCCACGCAACGGCAACGGCGGAGGCCCGAUGCCGCCACCGGUGCCACCACCGGUGCCCGUGGCCCUCUUCCUGCUCGACGCGUCGGGGGACGCAGGGGGGGAUCCCUCUGCGAGCCGCCUGCUGGAAACCCUCGCGUCGGACCCCAGCUGGGCCCUCUCGUGUUCCGCGGCCGACUUUCUGGGGCGGGGUGGCGGCGGUGGCAGCGUCAGCAUCAGCAUUCGUCGCAGCAGCAACAAAACCAGCUGUAGAAACUCCACCAGCAACAGCAAUUCCACCAGCGACAGCAACGGCAACGGCAUUCGGAACCAGGUCUCGCGCUUUCUCAAAAGCAACGACAAGUACCUGGCCUACGCAUCGGUUCUCUUCAAGAGCCGGGCCUUUCACAAUAUCUACGGAGGCGAUCGCCUCCGGGCGCGGUCUCGCGGGAGCCGAAGCCAGAAGGAAAACAAAAACAAAAACAAAAACGAGAACGAAAACGAGAACAAAAACGAGAACGAAACCGACCCAAACGAAGCGGCGGAAGCCGCCCCCGUGCCGAUCGUCUCGCUGCCCCGGACCGGCCGCGGAAAGCCCUACGUCCCCCUUCCGGGAGGAUCCCCCGCGGCGAGACCGCAGGCAGAGCCGCGGGAGGAGGACGCCUUUCCGCUCAGCGUGUCCCACCAGUUCCCCUUUGUGGGCAUGGCGGAACUCCCGCGGGAAGCCAACACCGAAGCGCAGGGGGGAAUCUCAUUGGCCCCGGCGGCGCACGUGGUGGGCCUGGACAUUGUCGUCUUUGAGGGAUUCAACCGGAGGCUGUACUCGUCGGCGGAGGAAUUCCUGGCGGUCUUCGAGGACCAGUUCACCCCCAGCGAGUGGAGGCAGGGCGUCUACCACCACCACCAUCCGGGGCCUGCGGGGGCGGCAACUACGGAAGCCACGCCAGCCAUGAGGGAAUUCUACCUCCGCUGGGCCAUGAAAGAGGCCUACACCAAGGCCAUCGGUGUGGGGAUGGGCCUUGCCUUUGGGAGCUUCGAGAUCCGGCUCGAAGGGAUCGAAGGAUGCGGCGACGGCCCGUUCUCCCUCUCGGCCCGUCUUUUUGGAGCACGAAAGGGCGGCAGCAAUGCCGAACCGCCGAAACAACCUCAACCGCAACAAGAACCGCAACAAGAACCACAACAAGAACCACAACCACCAAAACGACACGGCUGCGAGGGCUUCCGGGGAAGGGUCCAUUUUCCGGGCCGGCCGCGAACCGACGACGAGGGGGCCUGGUUCGGGUUUUUGCCGCUCCGGUCCGGGGCGGCCGAGGGAUGCGCCUGCGUCUGUGUCUGCGAAGGAACUCCUCGGGAGACAGGCGGCGAAUUUCGCAACCACCCUUCGACAAAGACAGCAGCAGCAGCAGCAACAGCAACGCGGAGCGGGGGUGCCGGCAUUGCUGUUUCCUGGACGGACCUCGAGGCACUGGCCCGGUUUCACAAGGAGGGCGGCGAUCCCGGCGACCGCCCAGCGUAAAAUGAAAGAAAAGAAAAGAAAAUCAAACAAACGAA